CAGGUAAUCCUGAUCCUCUCUGUGCUGCUGAGUUUAUUAAAUAUUCAGCAUUAAGCUGAAAGGCUCUACACUGAAUUUGGUUACAUUCAGAACAGCAGUACAAAGUUUAUUCUCGCUCAGGUCAGAUUAUGGCUCGAGGCAUGGAAUCUUUGAUGACCUUUUGCCGAAGUUACGCUUUCAUAUUUUUGAUUCUCUCCUACUUCCUGUACAUGACUAUCGGUGCAGGUAUUUUCAUGGUGCUUGAGCAACCCGAGCAGGAUUUGCUUGCUGCUGAAGUGCAUGAAGUUUGGGUGAAGUUUUUACAAAACAACCCAUGUGUGAAAGAACGCAGUUUGGAUCGUUUAUUGAAGAAGGUGCUUUUGGCUGGGAAACGUGGCGUAACCAUAAUGGACGACAACGAAGAGUAUAACUUUGACUUCACUUCGUCACUGUUUUUUGUUAUCACUUUUCUCACAACUACAGGUUAUGGUACCACUGUUCCACUGUCAGAUGAAGGCAGAGUGUUUUGUAUGCUGUACUGUUUCUUCGGUAUUCCUUUUACCUUCCUUCUGCUCUCCUGCAUCACUAAUGCCCUGGUGCCCAGACUGAGUGAUGCUUCCAUACGCCACCUUCAAAUCUACUGGGGUCUGACUCACAACAAUGCUGCUUUGGUUUACUGUGGAAUAUUAGCAGCGUGCACAGCUACACUGUUUUUCUUCUUGCCUGCUCUCAGUCUCUGUCUGCUGGAGAAAGACUGGAGCUUUCUCGAGUCGUUUUACUUUUGCUUCAUUUCGCUCAGUACCAUCGGGCUGGGAGAUUAUCUGCCUGGACAGACGCACAGCUGGGCUGCACAUCAAGCACUGGAAUUUGCUACUUCCUGUUACUUGAUGCUCGGUCUUGUUGUCUUGCUAGUCGUCAUGGAGAGCUUCUGGCAGCUUCAGCAAGUGCAGGCUGUAGUGCAUCUCUUUGUUGGAUCUACAUCAGCUUCAGUAAAGGAAGUUGGUCUUGAUGAGCUAGCUUUCAGUGAAUGGCCAGACAACCAUGAUAUUCAAACAUUGGACAUCAAGUUUAUGCCUCCUAUCUCUAUCAUCUCACACCACAUCUCCAACUCACCCAAAAACGCUUUUGCGGAGGAUGCAUGUGCACCAAGUUAUAAGAGGCGUCCUGCUCAUCAGCCAGAAGUUCAACCAGACCCAGCUGAUUGAAACAACUGUCAAAUACACAUCUGUCCGUAUUCCAAGAAUAGAGUACUGGAGCUAAUGUUACUUCUUCCUGGUCUUUAAACCAAAUGCUGCAUGAUGCACCACUGACAUUGACACAAUAAUCUCAAUUAUUUAUUUAAAGUGAAAAACUCUGCAGUUGCUGUUAGAGUGUAAUUGAUUUUACAGGCUUUUUUGGAACUACAUUUCAUUUCUGUAAUAAAAUCAGUACCUCAAAUUGCAAAAAAAGAAGAAACAUGCAUUUCUUCUUCCCUUAUUUUGCAUUUUUAAUGUUAAGCCCAUUUUGAGUACAUAUAGAAAUAGAAACAAAUAGAGACCCUUCAAUAAAUUCUUCAGUUCAGGUUAAAUUAAGUGCAUACAUAUUUACAUAUUUUAAAUCUAGAUAAUAUUUACAGAAUAUCUUUAGUAUAUAUUUACAUAUUCAAAUAGAAUUUGGUCAUUUGCACUUCUUGUUGAUGCUAAGCUGCAUUUCAUUGCUGAGUACUGUGGUGCUUUUAACAUUUUAACCUGGCCAUUAUUGUGUGUUUCUGUCAUCUGAUUAGAAUCAGCACACUUGAGCACAACAUAUUUUAUUCUUGAGGGGUGUUCUGUUAAAAGUAAGAAAUGAUUUAUAAAAAAAAAAAAAGAACAGAUUUGAAGUGGUGGACUGGCUAGCUCAGAAGUGGCCAUACAUGAAUUCCAUGCUACAUAUUUUUCAGAAAAUAAGGAAAUGUGUGUGUUACACAUAUGGCUGAAGAGGGUAUAUCAAAACUUUGUGUGGAAUGUGUUUCUGGGCACUUUUUUGAAAC